GCCGUGUCAUCAGGUCGGCAAAUCAGUUGUGUCGAUGCUGAGUAUACGUAGAGAGAUAUGUUAUUUUUGUCAGUAUAGUGUCGAAGCUUUCAGUGAAAGUUGAGGAGAAAGGACUGUGACUGCUGUCGCUGCUCCUGUUUAAACAAUUGAGAGAAGUCAUUUUGCCGGCAUUGCGAGACUUGUUAAAUCGCCACCAUUGAAAAUAGAAUAUCAAAACUCGGAAUAUAUUCGUAGCGCUGAAGAAAUAAUCCGACUAUUGUACAUUAUAAGAAGGUCAUUGUGACAUUAUUAGUUGUGUUCUGUGUCUCCCUGACUCUUUGUGUGUAUUUCUGUGCGUGCUGUGCAAUAUCUCUCAAAUAUGGAGGUUUUACCAUGUCCUGUAAAUGUGAAUUUUAAUAACACGAGAGCCGGAACAGUGGCCGAAGAAUUUGACGGAGCUUGUCAGGCUCUAGCAAAACGAUUGGAAGUUGAACUUAGGCGAGCAAAACAUGUACAAUUAGCAUGCGGAGAAGUUCUGUUACCUGCUGAUCUUUUACCUAGAAUUGCUAAAACUGUACUUAGUAUGGCUGAGAACGAACCUUGCGGUCUUAGAGGUUGCACCUUGUUUAUUAGCUUCGAAACAGAUAGUGUAUGCAGGAAAUUGUCAAAGAUACAAUGUGAUCCUAAUACAGUAUCAACAUUUGAACUUUAUUUGACUUUGAAACAGGAUCAUACAUCUUGGCAUAUUCUGUUACCUCAGUUUUUGAAAAAUCUUACCCGGGGAGGUACUAUUAUGAUCAGUAGAGAUUUCACUUUAGAGAAAAAGAAAUUAUAUAGAUCGUAUCAGCAAUGAAUGAUCCCACUAUGUCCAGGAGUCAUUGCUUGAUUAUCUUGAUAAUUGUGAUUAUUCGAAGCUCCUCUAAUUAUAAGUAGGCUCCAAUGUGGCCUUUUUUACUUUCUACACAAAAUAAGCAGAUCAAUUUUUCUGAUGUGCUUAUAUUUCGCGAUAUAUUUCAUUUAACGGUAGCUAACAUAAGGAAUGAAUAGCAGAAAAGUAAAGUAUAAUGUAAAGAGAAGAGCGAGGGAGAAAGAAGUAGAAUCUAUGCGUUUUGACAAUUGUGAUAGUAAAGCAUAAAAAGAUUUGUAGUAUCGUUAAGGUUGAAAAGUUUCUUUACGUGAUUUCUAGAUUUUGAAUAUUGCCUGACAUUUGUAAUUCGUUUUAAAUAUCAUUGUUUCUUUAUAUGUAAGUGUAAACAUAUCUGAUCAAUCAAUGCUGCAGGUUAGAAUUUCUAUAAUAAUGUAGAUAGUGUGUUUUAUGAAUUAUUUUUAAAAAUAUUUGGUAAUACAAAUUUCUAGAUAUGCGUAGGGAGACAUUCUCUCAUAAGAGAUGUAAACUGUAUCUUCGUUUAACGAAGAAAUGACUUGGUAUGUAAGAUUUGUAACAGUAGUUUGUUUGCGUUUACACGUAAUAAUGCGAUAAAAUUUAAAUCAACUUUUCUUGAUUAGUAACAAAAAUAAAAGUAAUUAAACUAUAGAAGUAGUAAUAAGAAUAGAUAUGUAGUUUCAAAAAUGCCAAUGGAUAUCUAAAGUAAUUUCAUUUGAUACAAAUAGAUUUGUACAAUUUCACCUGGCCUAAUUUUCUUCUAUGAUGUAUCCCUUUUUAUCUAUUAAUUAAUUAUCAAUUGAUGUAAUUUAUCUAUCUUUCUGUAUACACAUACACAUACAUGUAACCCAUCUUUUCAAUUUUUUCAUUUUCAAUGUCUCAAUGUGAUUUUCUUGUAUGAAAAAUCUUAAUACUCUUAGAUAUCGAUUGGUGACAAUGUUGUGAUAGUAAUAAAACAAAAAAACACAAUUGACAUAAAAUAGGAAUCUGUACAAUAAUAUUUUAGAGGAUUGGACAUACAUGCAACUUCUUCAAUAUUUGUAAUAUCUAUAAUUCCGAGAAACAGUUUGUCUAAUUAUGAUAUUGUCGGUUUAUUAUUAUUAUCAUCUUAUAGAAUUAUAUUAUUUUAAUCAAAUAAGCUUCGUUUAUGAAAUUUAAAAUGACUGUAUUGGAAGAGAAAACGAAAAAAUAUAUAGGAGCAACCACGUGUAUGACUUUAUAAGACUGAUCAGUGUUAGAAUUUCAAGAUAAUAUUUGUACGCGUGUAAAAGUAUUCAGAACGAUAAAGAAACUGAGAUAUUGAAUCGCACACAGAAUAUAGAUCGAAGAACAAUUAUGUUUGGACAAGUUUUGUGAAUUAAAAGUAGUUGAAAACAAAACGUUCUCCCUACGCUUGUUAUAACAACAAAGAAAUUAGAAG